UGAAAAAGUUAGUCAGUUGAAAUUUGCAACUCGACUGCCGCACUGUGCGAGGGCGGAUGCAGGCUGACAGAUGUUUGGUUUCGUUUGUCGCAACUGGAUAGACGUCGCUUAGCAUUAAGCCGCGCUGCCUCUGACCUCGUAAACCGGGACUGUUCGCCAAGCAGCUUGUCAGUAUUCGCGCCAGUGAUCACCGUUUUCCAGCACCUGCGAAAGAUGGUCAGUCUAGAUGCGCUACGGGAGCAAUAACCUUCGCGCUGCAAUGGUCUCUGUUUUUCAAGUUUUCCUGCUUUUCUAGUUGCCGGUCGCUUAAACUUCAAAACGUCAAGCUGACGAAAAGGGCGACAUGAAGGAAAUCAGCGCCCUCAUAGGACCACCGCGGUGGUACCACUUGAUCGUCUGCUUGUUGACCUUCGUGCGCGCAUUUCCGUCCUCCUGGACACAAUUCGCAGCGUUGUUCGUCGCCGCGGACGUCGAACACUGGUGCUCGAGGCCACGUGAUUCGGCCUUCGCCAAUUGGACGGAGCAGCGAUGGAAAGCCGAAGCCAUUCCCGUCGUCAACAAUUCUCGGCUGGCAAACGACCCCAAAUACGAGUACUGCAGGAUGUACCCAGCGGAAGCGCUAAUUCACAACGCUUCUGCAGUGCUCUUCGACCAGUCGAGAACAGUGUCGUGUGACGCGUGGUCGUACAACGAGUCCGCACCCGGGUCUUCGGCAGUGCCAGAGUGGGACCUUGUGUGCCAGCACGAAUGGCAGCGCUCGAUGAUGACAAGCAUCGUUUAUAUGGGAUCCCUCGUAGGGUCACUCGUCAUGGGGCACAUGUCCGACAGAUUCGGGCGUCGAACCGUGUUCUUUUUGCCCGUGUUCGGAGCUGCCCUCUUCGGGUCUCUGGGCGCGGUGUCCCCGUCGGUGAAGUGGUACAACGCCUUCCGCUUCUUCUCUAGCAUCAACAUCGCCGGCAUUCAGACAAGCUCGGCGGCCUUACUGGCCGAGAUCUUGGACCCUCGCUUCCGAACGUUCCUAAACAUCGGCUACACGGCUGCAUUUGCCAUACCAUCCAUGCUGCUGCCCGGUGUGGCCUACCUACUGUCAGAUUGGAAACUUCUUCAGCUUGCUUCUGGACUCGUCGCUUUGGCCUGCGUACCAUUUAUGAUCGUUAUUCAGGAGUCACCACGCUGGCUCAUCACGAUUGGCAGGGAGGAGCAAGCCGAACGAGCCAUCUCGAAAAUACUGAAGAUGAACCGCCGGAAGGUUCUGAACCUGAAGUCGACCGUCCAUGUAAUUGCAGAGAGAAUUCGGGCAUCUUCGACCAGUGUCAUCGGCCCCAUAGAGAUUCUGAGGCACAGAUUGAUUAGGAGGAACACCCUUCUUCUGUUUGUCGUUUGGUUCUGCGACAACUUCCCCAUGUUCGCUAUGACGUUCGGUGCCGUGGAUAUCGAGGGCAGCCACCUGGUCAACUUCGCCGUGUCCACGGUGGCCGAGAUUCCCGCUGCAUUCGUCGGGCUGGUCAUGGUAUACUACUGUCGUCGUAAGCCGUCUCAGGCGGCCACUCUCAUAUUGGCGGGAAUCGCAGCAGCCGCGGUGGAGUUGACGCCUCUCGGUUGGCCUUACCUAGGCCUAUCGAUAUCCAUGACGGGUCGUUUUGUACUCACCCUGUCGUCAUCGGUCAAGUGGGUCUGGACCAUGGAGUUGUUCCCGACAGCGGUGCGCGGGUUCGGCUUUGCCGCGUGCUUCACUGCCGGUCGCAUUGGGGGCAUCGUGGCUCCCUUCAUCAGCGUUCUUAAGAAGCAGGCUUCCGUGUAUGUGGCUGCUGCUCUACUAGCAACGGCAGGAGUCAUUGGAGCAGCAGCGGCCACGUUUCUGCCAGAAACUCGAGGCAUCGAACUUCCGGACACAUUCGACGAGGCCGAAGAGGUCGCCAAAAAGUGCGCGAAGGCAGACUAUUUCCAUCUGACGACGGUGGAGGCAUCCGAAGAACGGAGCCAAUCCAUUGCAACAACGGCUUUGAUGAACGAGUAACAGCUGCCUUAUCGGUGGACGAGGGUGUCGAAAUGGACUUGUCGGCCGAUCAUGAUGCAAUGGUAUCUGGACAGCGCAGCAAAACACGGACACAAGAUGAAACAAAGACGAAGAAAAGCACUGACUACUCAGAAAGAAAUUUAUUGGGGUAUAAGUACGACCGAUCCCGGAAAUAAUUAGAUUUCGUUGUUGACAGCGCUUGUCUUCACCUUCAAUUCUUCUUUUGUCCGUGUUUUGCUGCGCGAACCAGAUACCAUUCGACUAUCACUGGAGGCUCUCGGGAAGAGUUCUUCAGGGUUGAAGCCCCCUCCCCCCGCCCCACUCCUCUAUUGUCGUGGUCCGUCUCAGCAGCGCUGUAGAGUCCCUCGCACGUAAACGCCCCUGAAAAUACGAGAACUGGCUAUGACAAGAAAGAGUUAUUCGACCACGCCAAAACGGGGGCGGCCUCCGCUAGCAGGCGCUCUUCGCUGCACAAUCUCGAAGGAUGCUAUAGCAGUUCUAAGACCUCACUUGAAAUUUUCACGCUUUCACCGUGCUCAAGCCCCUUUUCGAGGAAGAAUUAAUCCAUUGAUGCGCCACCAGUCGCAGCCCGAAGAAAUUCGCAGCCACCCAUAUGCUGCUAAUAUGGGCUCGAAAUGGCACAAAUGGCACAAAAAUAAACGAGCUAAAUGAGAGCACUGCA